AUUUGACUACUAGUCUCGCUGUGAUGCUACCUUUAUUCUAUCUAUGCCGCUACGACCACUCGCUUUUCUCAGGACUAAAAAUGAGAAUGUCAGCAUGGAAACAGAGUAGAACAAUAUCAGAUAUUCAAUGUGACUGCUGACCCAAAUAAGUGUUUUCCAUGCAUCUACAGUAUAACCAUAAUGCAGUGUCCUCAAGAUUUCUAUCAUGACUACCAGGCUAAGCUGCUUAUGAGAGGACCUUCUGAGAACUAUUCAACCAAUCCCCCUCCCCUUGAUCCCCCACACUGCCUGGAGGAUAACCUGUUCCUCUCCUCUGCUCUACCUGUAUCCCACCCUUAAUCCCCCCUUAGACUUAAAAGAAAAUUUAGAGAGCUAGAGAUACACGAUGGCGGUUUUGAGAUUGAGGUUCACCAAGACCAAGAGAGACAAGCUGGCUCAGGUGCUGUGGAUUCUGAACUGGAUCUCAGUGAUGACCGGGGUCCUCCUGUUCAGCAUGGGGCUCUUCCUCAAGGUGGAGAUCAACAAGCGAGGAGAGCUGAUGGCUGAGAGGGACAUCCAGUACGUGCCCAACAUGCUAAUCGCUGUGGGCCUCAUUGCCUGUGCCAUAAACUUCCUGGGUGGGAAGAUCUGCUACGACUGCGUGGACACCACCAAGUUCUUGCGCUGGAAGCUGAUCAUGCUGCCCUACAUAAUAUGUACCUUCUUCUUCACCUUCUGUGUGCUGGUGGGGGCUCUGAUGUGUUACAGCAUGCGUGGGGAGCUAGACGAGUCUCUGAACCUGGGGCUGGCAGAGGCCAUCAGGUUCUACAAGGACACAGACACACCAGGACGAUGCUUCCUGAAGCGAACUGUGGACAUGCUGCAUAUAGAUUUCCAUUGCUGUGGGAACAAUGGAUAUAAAGACUGGUUUCAAAUCCAGUGGAUCAGCAACCGUUACCUGGAUUUGUCCAAAAAAGAGGUGGCGGACCGAUUAAGAAGUAAUGUGGAGGGGAAGUACCUGAUGGACGGAGUGCCCUUCAGCUGCUGCAACAUCAACUCCCCUCGGCCCUGCAUCCAGCAGCAGAUCACCAACAAUUCCGCUCACUUCAACUAUGAGCACCAGACGGAAGAGCUGAACCUGUGGAUGAAAGGGUGUCGCCAGGCGCUGCUGGAGUACUACACCCACAUCAUGCAGUCCAUUGGCCUCACAGUUCUCAUCACCUGGCUGUUUGAGCUGUCGGUGUUGACAGGGGUUCGUUACCUCCAGACCUCCCUGGAAAAUGUGCUGAGACAGGGCGACCUCAACUCUGAGUCUGAUGGCUGGCUGCUGGAAAACAGCUUUAUGGAAACUGCCCGCACCAACCUGAACAUCAUCAAGAGCCUUGGCAAAAGCAACCAGAUAGACACAGCCAACAAUGGAGAUCCCAACAUUAAUGUUCCCUCAACCUCUAAAGCACACUAUGGGCCGGACAAUGUGCCACCAAAGGAAAUACCUGAAGCCAGUUGACCUUUCUCAGGCCUCAGUAAGGGCCUUUUCCUCGUUACGUAAAAAGAGUUGUUAUGUUACAUUUAUUGGUUGUUAUUCAUAUAAGUCAAGAAUUACAACUAAGAAAUACCUAUACAGAGGUGUUUGUGUGUGGAAACUACAAUAUAUUGUAGUUGACUUUUUACAACUAUUAAUGAUUUAUUAUUAUAUGACAUAUUUUUUGUACAUCUGUCUUCUGUUUUCUGAUAUUUUAUUGCCUGUGUGUCGUGGUUUUGCAACGUGUGUACAAAAUAUUUUUGGACAGCCGUCAGUUGCAACACUGGAAUCAAAAUGAACGUGAAAUAUAUAAUUGUUUGAUGAAGACAAAUUAGUGAUGUGGGUUGUUGAAGUUGAAGCCCACAUUUUUUGUCUGAUUUUACUUCAAAGUAUGAUAGAAAAUGCAGUCAAUUUUUUUUUUAAUUACUAUAGCAAGAAUAUAAGAGAUAUAUAAAUUAGAUUCCACAAAUAUAGGCGCAGGGUGCUUUGACUUGAAAUUUAGUUCUGGGUGAUAAAAUCAAUAGUAACGUUUUUGAAUCCUUGCUGUGCAUUUUACCGGACCUUAGCAAACAAAGUUGUACCAAUGUAAUAGAGUAAACAUCACAUCACCCAUUUUUAACUGUUAAGCCAUCACUACAAUGACUCUUACGUGCCUCAGCAAUGCCACCAUGGUCUUAUAAAAAACACUAAUUUUUACUGUGAUGAGAAACCAAAAGCUUGACUAGCACGUUAUAAGCUGGUAAUGGUCAGAUUUUGUUGUUUGUGAUUGUUUAUAAGGGAUCCAAAGCAGUACAUUGCAAACUAGGCUUAUAUGUCUUACUUUGUUUUAAUGAUUAGGCCUUUGACAUAUUGGCUGUUGGCAGCUUCAACAUUGGGGGAAAUAAAGAGACUUGGAGGUUGCUAAAUUAAAAUGUGUGGUUUAAUUAAGUUUUAAUUAAGUUUUAAUUGUGUCUGUGAGACAUUGAGUUAAAAUGUGGCAUCAGAAUUGUGAAAUAAGAGAAUGCUGCCCAUUUUUGCCUCUCACUUGACAAAUGGCGCAAUAUUUAUGAUGGAAAAUAGAUCAUACCUUGAUUCUAUGGCUGAGCAACGAGAAGAAAUUUUGAUUCCAUUAUUAUUAAACAAAUCUAAUCUCAUAACACAGAUAUUAUAGACACCAGCUUGAUUCAUGGCACAGGAGCAGUUCUGCUGUAUAUUGGCAAGAGUCUUUAUUUUCCACAGCCUGGAAGUCAAAUAGUACUGUCAACACAAAAAGGACAUUUUUAUUUACGCAUAUUUUACUUUUCAAUAAAAAGUAAAUUCCCUUGCUAAAUAGAAUAUACAUUUUUUUAUUACUUAAAUUCAAUUUGUGUUAAAUGGAUUCCCACCACAUGGUGAAAUAUGACUCAAGUAAUAUGUCUAGCAAUGGUCCCCUCGAUAAGUUUUAAUCUUUACAAACAUACAGUGGAUAUGUGAUCAUCAUAAUCACUUUGUCCUUUUAGGAUUUGUAACUUGUUUUCAUAUAAUUCACUUACUAAUUCUUAAUAUCAAUUAGGAUUUACAACCAUAAAUGUCAAAAUGUGGCUGAAAUAUUCAGAAAACAGUGUCAAAAUGUCUUAUCAGUAAAUCUGUAUCUGUAACAAGAAAUAAUGGAGGCAUGUUACUGUAUACUCCUUCCAUAAUACUGAGUUUGUUUUAAUACAUCUUUAAAAAUAAUGUAUUCGUUACAUGUUUUAACCAUUACAUAUGCUUCUAUAUGUGAGUAAAGGUGACAGGAUGUGGCUGCAUCAUUUGGACUCUUUACAUAAUGGUCGUAGCAGAAAUGUGUGAGAACUGUGACCAUGCCUAAUUUUCAAAUGUACCCUUCAAAGCCGCACAAUUCAACAGUUAUAACUUAUGACAAAUCAUAAUUGCUAACACCAAAAGAGAAUGCAGAAAUUUCACAGCAUUACUGAGA